CUAUGAUUUUGGUUGCUCUUGUGCAUGUUUAAGCUUAUAUAUUACUAUCUCUAAUUUACAGUGGAGGCAGACAACCGAAGGAAGAAAAAAAAAAGGGAGGAAAAAAAAAAACUUUGUAGAUGCUAAUUGUAUCUUCAUCUUUGUGGUGCUUUAAACCAUGCUGCAGCUAGUUUGUUACUAUUGCAAUCUGUUUUUCUGUAACAUGGGUGGAUACCUCCUUGUCACCUUUUUCUACUGCUAACGGUGCCCUGAUCUGAUCAAUGCGGCAAGUAGAUUUUAUUGUUUUUAGCAAAGGAUGUGUCAUCUUGAAAUUCUCAAUUUAUUUGUUCUUUAAUCUUGUGAAUGUUUACACAUACUUGUGAAUGUCUCGAAGAUUGUGAACGCACAAUGGGGGAAUUUAGGGAUUUUUUCUUUAGCACUUUAAAUUUUUGAGUGAACAAUCUUGUGAGGGAUAUGAAUAUUUGUAAUGCUUUAUUUUAGUACUCUUUUGCUUUAGCUUAUACUUAGGUGUAUUCUCUUGUAUACUUCUUGUGUACUUGGGCUAUGUCUAUUUACUUGGAAUAAAAUCUCUUAUUACCUAUAAAAAAUUAAAAAAAAAAAAAAAUUGUUUGCACAUAGCUGUUAAUGCUUGCGGUUUUGAUUGAUUUAAUGGGAAUUACACUUUUCACCCAGAAACUACCUUGUGUUCUGUACUUUGCACCCAAAACUACAGAAGUUUUAAUUUGCAUCUUAAAAUACCUAUAUAUAUAUAUAUAUAUUUUUUUUUUUAAUUUGCAGCUCUUUUUAGAUCUGACCAUUUACUGAAAUAUUAAAAGAUUGUAUCACGUUACCAAUUUCUCAUUCAUUGCAACAGUCAAAUCGAAACCGAUGGUGCAAAUUGAAAAAUAGAGGUAGUUAAUAUACAAAUUUUAGUAGUUCACGGUACAAUGUGGAAAACAUGUGAUAGUUUUUGGAUGAUAUGAUAUAAUUUCCCUUAGAAUUAAUUUUUGCAGAAUCUUCAUCAGUUCUUCACUUGCAUGUGAUUCCCCUGAUUUUGCUCAUAUACAUUGAGACAUUUUUUAUAAGUCCCAAGUGCAUUGAGAACUUGCUUGUGGACCUCUUGUUUUCGUUUCUCAGGAGAGAUUUAGCUCCGCACCUGAAGUCUUUGAUGGGACCAUGGUGGUUUUCUCAAUUUGAUCCUGUUUCUGAAGUUUCUCAAGCUGCAAAACGAUCAUUACAGGUUUCUGAUGGCAUCAUAUGAGCUGCCUUUCAAGCACAGGAGAGGAGACUAGAUGCUUUAAUGCUAUGCACAAAUGAGAUUUUUAUGUAUCUGGAAGAAAAUCUAAAGCUCACACCACAAAAUAUGUCUGAUAAAGCAGUUGCUUUGGACGAGUUGAAAGAGAUGCAUCAGCAGGUGAUAUAUGCAUCAUUACUUGCCCUGGCCACACUACUUGAUGUGUUGGUUUGUGUGCAAUUAGAAAGACCUGGUUUUGAAAACUUAACCAUUGAACCAAAAAAUGCUUCAAAGGCUCAGGCAACCGCUAUUUCUUCUGCCGAAAAUCUGUUCACUGCUAAUAAAUAUUUUGUGGACUUCCUGAAGUCUCAAAGCCCUGCUAUCCGGUCAGCUGCAUUUUCAGUGUUAAGGAGUUUUAUAAAAAACAUUCCUCAGGCCUUUAAUGAAGUAAAUAUAAAAACUCUUUCUGGCAUGAUACUUGGUGCUUUCCAAGAGAAGGAUCCUGUGUGUCAUUCUUCAAUGUGGGAUGCAGUGUUACUAUUUUCAAGAAGAUUCCCUGACAGUUGGUAUUCCGUGAAUGUUCAGAAAGUUGUAUGCAGCCGGUUAUGGCAUUUUCUUAGAAAUGGGUGCUUUGGAUCUUAUCAGGUUUCUUAUCCAGCUCUGGUUCCAUUCUUAGACACUGUACCACCUAAAGCAAUAGUGGGAGAGAAGUUUUUUCUUGACUUUUUCCAGAACCUAUGGGUAGGAAGAAAUCCAUUCCAUUCCUCAAAUGCCAAUAGAGUAGCAUUCUUCCAGGCAUUUAAAGAAUGUUUUCUUUGGGGAUUACGUAAUGCAUCGAGAUACUCUGAGGGAGCCGAUUCCAUCCAUCAUUUUCAAGUCAAUCUUAUUGACAAUAUACUUGUAAAGUUUUUGUGGCAAGACUACAUGUUUUCGGUGAGCUUAAAAACCCCGGAAGGAGUCUUAUCUGGAACAUCUGCAGCUUCAUCUGAGAAAAGUAAUUUACCUUCCAAUAAGAAGACAGUGGAAACAUUGAAUAUUAAGUAUCCAGUGAGCUAUCUUCGAGACUUGGGAAAAUGUAUCAUUGAAAUUCUUUCAGGCAUACGUUUAAUGGAGCAUGAUCUGCUCUCUACUUUCACUGUGGAAUUUAAGGAAAGUUGCCUGGGUAUGCUGCAGCAAACAGAUAUCACAGAAAGAAGCACUGAAAGUGUAGAACAGAUCAUUCAUUUUAUCUUAUUACUGGAGGAACAUGCAGUUCAUAUAGGUGAAAAUUGGCCUUUGGUUGAUUUAGUGGGACCAAUGUUGGCACAAUCUUUCCCAUUGAUAACAUCACUAGAUUCACCAGAGUGUGUGAGACUUCUAUCGGUUUCUGUUUCCGUAUUUGGACCACGCAAGAUCCUCCAAGAACUUUUUAUUCACAAUAAAGGUCACUCCUCUAGUUUGUCCGGUGAUGGGGGUAGACAAUUGACUGAAGAGCAAUUUAUGAAAAUGUUCAGGGAGAUUUUUGUUCCUUGGUGCAUGCAUGAAGAUAAUAGCUCUACCAGUGCUCGACUUGAUCUAUUGCUUGCCUUGCUCGAUGAUGAAUGUUUCUCUGAACAGUGGGGUACUGUUAUAACACAUGUAACUAACUUAGAACAUUCUGGAGCUGUGCCUGCUUACCAAGAUUCCAACCGCAUAGCAAUGUUGGCAAUGCUGUUAGAGAAAGCAAGAGAUAAAAUUGCAAGGAAAGUGGGUGAAGAUUCCUAUUCUCAGAAAGGUGUCAAACUGGAUCAGUGGCAUCAUGAUGAUUUAGAGAUAGCUGCUGUUACCAUUGCCAGCUCACUUCCUCCCUUCAGAACUUCUGAUGCUCAGUUUGUGCGUGCUGUUCUUGGUGGUUCGAAAGAAGGUGACGCAACUCCCUUUGUGUCGAGAAAUACAUUGAUCUUGAUAUUUGAGGAGGUUUUCCGAAAGUUGCUAUCUUUCAUUCUGGAGUCCUCUUUGACUUGGGUAAGGGAUGCGGGUUUUCUCCUAGCUGCCAGGGAAAUGAAUUUUGGGAUGGAACUAGAAAGCCCUUCUAAUAUGUAUGAGAUGUGCCAAUUUGCUCUUGAAGUCCUUGAUGGUAGCUUCUUUUGCUUAAAGACACUUGAUGAAGAAAAUGGGCUACUUCAGUGUAUUUCAGCUGCAAUAUUUAUUAUUGACUGGGAGUUUAGCAUAAGAACAGCAAUAGACGAUGUAAUUGAUGAAAAAUCGAACAAAAAUAUCGAGGCCAGAUUGAAUUUUGGUGAAUCAGUGCAUGCUUUUCGUUGUAAGACAAGUAAUCUGUUCUGGAAAAGCCUCAGCAUACACAUUAGGGGGAGAUUGGGAGGUAUCCUGAUUCAGUGUAUUCGUUCUGCCAUCUUCAGUGAAGAUAGACUAGAUGUCGAUGAUAUCACAUCUUUGUGUUGCUUGUGGAUGCUUGAGGUUCUUGAAUGUUUUUGUCAAGAUCAAGAUGAGGAACAAAAUCUCUUAGAUCAGCUUCUGAGCAAGGGUGAUAUCUGGCCAUUGUGGAUUUGUCCAGAUUUUAAUACCCCAAAGGGAGCUGCUGUGUUGGAAGUUGAAAAUGUGCCCUCCGGCAUUCAUGCCUCUGGGAGUGACAAGUUUGUUUCUUUUGUCAACAAACUUAUCUUGAAAAUUGGUAUAGACAAAGUUAUCGGUUUGGGUAAACAUGCUCCAUCGCCCAAGGAAGCAGCCUAUGAACAGGUUACUUCUCGACCUUGGCUUGUUGCUGAAAUAUUGUGCACAUGGAAGUGGCCGGGUGGCAGUGCCGUUGCUUCUUUCUUACCUUCACUGAGUUCAUAUGCCAAAAGUAGAAGUUAUGGUUUCCAGGAAAGCUUAUUGGAUUCUGUUUUCAACAUAUUACUUGAUGGUGCUCUUGUUCAUGGAGGAAGAAGUGCACGUAGCUUUUCACAUUUGUGGCCUGCUUCAGGUGACGAAGUCAAGGAUAUUGAAGAACCGUUCUUGAGAGCUCUUGUAUCUUUUCUUUAUACUUUGUUCAAAGAUGAUAUAUGGGAAACACAGAAAGUUAAGACACUGUUUGAAUUUCUUGUAAAUAAGCUCUUUAUUGGCGAAGCAAUUAACAUAAACUGUUUGAGAAUUCUUCCGCCUCUUGUGAAUGUUCUUGUACGAGCAUUAUGUCAAAAUAGCAUUGGAUCUGGUGAAUCUAGUACGGAUGCUAGACUUGAUUCACCAAAGGAGAAUCAUUUGCAGGACGCCCUUGAAGGCUGGCUCCAAAGAACUCUAUUGUUCCCACCUUUGGUUUCAUGGAAAAUAGAAGAAGAUAUGGAAGAUUGGUUCCAGUUGGUUAUAUCUUGUUAUCCUUUGAGUGCAAGCUGGGGUAUACAAGCACUGAAGCAGGAGAGAAACAUCAGCACUGUGGAAAGAACACUCUUGCUUGAAUUAUUUCGAAAGCAGAGACAUGGUGCCAGUGCAUCAACUGCAGCUAAUCAGCAGCCGGUGGUGCAAAUAUUGCUAUCAAAGCUAAUGGUUAUUUCAGUUGGUUAUUGCUGGAAGGAAUUUGAUGAGGAAGAUUGGGAGUUUUUGUUGUCUAAUAUAAGGCGUUGGAUUCAAUCAGCAGUUGUAGUGAUGGAGGAAGUUGCCGAAAAUCUGAAUGAUGCUUUCAUUGACAUGUCAACUUCUGAUAACUUGGAUAUUAAAUUGAAAAAAUUGGAGCAAAUUGUUUUGGUUUCAGAUCCUUUACCUAUAGAUAUUGCUACAAAUGCCCUCUUAUCGUUUUCUCUGUUUUCUGGUCAUCUUCUGCAUCAACAAUCUGAAGACUUGAACAAUAUAAAUCCCUUGAGAAGAGAAAGAUGGGACCCCAUCAAAGAUCGGAUUUUGGAAGGUAUUCUUCGCUUAUUUUUUUGCACGGGAAUUGCUGAGGCCAUUGCAAGUUGCUGUUGUCAUCAGGCUGCAUCUAUAGUAGCAUCCCACCGACUUGAACAUCCCUACUUUUGGGAGUUGAUAGCUUCAAGUGUUGCUAAUUCUUCAUCACAUGUUAGAGAUAAAGCAGUGAAGUCAGUUGAGUUUUGGGGGCUAAGCAAAGGGCCUAUUAGCUCUUUGUAUGCCAUCCUUUUUUCGUCCAACCCAGUUUAUUCAUUGCAGUUUGCUGCUUAUUUCAUGCUUUCAACUGAACCCAUUUCAAAUUUAGCUAUCACUGGAGAAGGCACUGCAAUGUACCUGGAUGGUGAUUCUACAGUUGACCAGGAUUCUAGCAAUCCAGAUUUGUCGUCAAAACAAAAUAUCCAUUUGAGGGAGGAAAUUUCUUGCAUGAUUGAGAAGUUACCUUAUGAGGUUCUUGAGAUGGAUUUGGUGGCACAAAAACGGGUAAAUGUAUUCCUUGCUUGGUCUUUGUUGUUAUCGCAUUUAUGGUCAUUACCAUCAUCAUCACCCGGGAGGGAUAGACUGGUCCAGUAUAUACAAGAUUCUGUGAGUUCAGUUAUUUUAGAUUGCAUUUUCCAGAAUAUACCAGUUGAAUUGUGUAUGGCACAUAGUCUGAAGAAAAAAGAUGCAGAGCUUCCUGCUGGGAUAUCAGAAGUUGCAAGUGCAGCAACGCGUGCCAUUACGACAGGUUCAUUGUUGUGCUCUAUGGAAUCUCUUUGGCCUGUUGAAGAAGUGAAAAUAGCUUCACUUGGUGGAGCAAUAUUUGGUGUGAUGCUUUGUGUUCUUCCCGCUUAUGUUCGAGGGUGGUUUAGUGAUUUGCGUGAUCGGUCUGUAUCAUCUGCAAUUGAAUCCUUUACACGAGCAUGGUGCAGCCCUCCUCUCAUUGCAAACGAGUUAUCUCAGAUUAAGAAAGCCAAAUUUGCUGAUGAGAAUUUUUCAGUUAGUGUAAGUAAAUCAGCGAAUGAGGUUGUUGCAACCUAUACAAAGGAUGAAACAGGAAUGGAUCUAGUUAUCCGUCUUCCUGUAUCUUACCCCUUACGCCCUGUGGAUGUUGAUUGCACCAAGAGCCUAGGGAUUAGUGAAGUGAAGCAGAGAAAAUGGUUAAUGUCUAUGAUGUCAUUUGUCCGUAAUCAGAAUGGAGCUUUAGCAGAGGCUAUCGGAAUAUGGAAGCGCAACUUUGACAAAGAAUUCGAAGGUGUUGAGGAGUGCCCUAUCUGCUACAGCGUCAUCCACACUACCAACCAUAGCCUUCCACGGCUGGCUUGCAAGACCUGCAAGCACAAGUUCCAUUCAGCCUGUCUCUAUAAGUGGUUCUCAACUUCUCACAAAUCAUCUUGCCCCCUGUGCCAGUCUCCAUUCUGACCUAGACAUCAACAUAGAGUCAUGCACAUGAGUUCUGCUGCUCUGCUUUCCAUUAAAUACACAUGGGGAAAGAAGCGGUUGAUGGUAGAGUACUUGAAGCUCAUGCACUUGAGUUCUGCUGCUCUGCUUUCCAUUAAAUACACAUGGGGAAAGAAGCUGUUGAUGGUAGAGUACUUGAAGCAUACAUUGAGAGAAAAGAAAUCUUACAAUAUCGUGCAAACGGAGUGGAUAAAAAGGACAGCAUGGGUUUAGGGGCAAAAUUAUGGGCAUUUGAUUAACGGGAUCAAUCCGCCAUCUGAGCUUUGAUGCCUAACUACUGCUUUUUUCUUGCAAUGACAUAGCAUAUAUCGAGAAGACCAAUAGUGAUAUAGAUUUCAUGCAGAUGGAAAUGUAGGUUUCACAAUGAUAUUACCUCGAAGGCUGUAACCAUUUCGGAAAAUAGAACAAGGACAGGGAGGUCCCUGCAAGUAUUGUAAAGCUGAACAUCUAUCUCAUCACAAUAAAUUAUGAGAAAUGCUAAGUGAAGGUUUGACCGAUUGUGUGUU